GGGCGGCCCUAGUUGCCCUUUGGGGGCUGACUGGGAGGCCAUCCUGGGGGAGGAGGCAGGAGGAUAGCCCUGAGGGAGGGCCUGGGAAAUAGCUUCUGUGGGUGGCAGCUAUUUCCAGGCAGACACUGGAAAGAGCUCAUGGACGGUGAUGGGAAGCCAGCCCGGCGUGGCUGUGAUCCUGCCUCAUGGCAUCUCAGUCAGAGGGGACCGGCGUGGCUGAGGGCAGGCGAGGGCUCCUGGUGGAGGGCUGCUUUUUUGGAAGGAGGUGGACUUUGCAAACACAGGCUCCUUGGCGGCAUGUCCCGGGGCUGGUGAAAAGCUGCAGUGAGGCUGUGUGGACGGAGAGCACCCUCCGGGCCUCAGGGUCAGGGAAGUGGCGGAAGGUCAUCUGCCACAGAGCCCACUUCCCCACCCUCCUGUUCAGAAUGAGAUUUUCACUCCCGAGAGGAUAGCAGCUGUCAUAACCAGACUUUAAAAGGAGACCGUAAGACCAAAAAAGAAAAAAGAGACAAAAAGAAGAAAAAUUAGGAAAGCAAAAUUUAAAAAAAACCUGCUUGUGCAACUGACAUACUGCCCGCCACUUCCUGGAGGGUUUGGAGGGUGGGUGUGCCCUGGAUGCUGUCUUGCCACGUCACGCUGCUGCGCCUCCUCUCAGCGCUUCAUCUCCUCGUUCUGCCGAGAACGAGCCCAUUGUAUGGAUUCACCAUCUUCUGUUCUUUUCAGAGCCAGCCGGUCCUCUCUGACAUCUGUUCACUUCGGGCUGUUCUGAGUAGUGGUAUGGACAUUUGUGCACAGGCUUUUGUGCAGACACAGAUACUGGUUCUCCUAGGAGUGGGGUUGCUGGUCACGUGCACACUGUCCGCCUUUUGAGGAACUGCCGGGUUUUGCCAGAAGGCUGUGGCGCUUUGUCCCGUCCGCGGGCACCCGGACCUGCAGGUCUGGUGGCACAUCCUGGUGAGCGUGAUGGCCCCUCACCAGUCUGGUUUUCACUUGUGAUGGUUGGUGAAGGUGAGCGGUUUCUCCCGUACCGACUGUAUCUCUUUGUAGCGGUGUCUGUUCAGCCCUUUGCCCACUCAGAGAUGCGUUGGACACAAUUCCCGUAUCAGAUCCACAGUGAGCGGGUGUCUGUCCUGGCCUGUGGGUUUUCUCUGCGCGUUCUCGUCCGUGCCCUGGGCGGCCCGAGGUCUUCCGUGUCCAGGAAGUCAUUCUGUCUGCUGUGUCUGGGCUACAGAGGCGGGGGCUGCACGGGCCAGCGCCGUGGAGGACGUUGUCUCAGGCACAGCCUGGGAGAGUGCGGAGUUUAGGGUCUGGGGCUGGCAGGGGGGACGCUAGGAUUUCAGCUGAAACGAUUUUUACUCAAAAUUUGAUGGUGACGCCACCUGCGCAGUCGUGACCGUGUCCGACCCCCUGGAGCGGGCAGUACUACCAUCGUGUGGCGGCGCUUCCAGGGGCUGCUUAAAACCGCCAAAGCCACUCAGCCCCCAGGUCCCCAGAUGCCGGAUCAACACAGCUCCUCUUGCCUGAACACCCUCUGGAGACCUGGCCAUGGCGUCGGUGGCGGAGCCUGUCACCUUCAGAGAGUUCUGCCCUCUGUACUAUCUCCUCAACGCCAUCCCCACCAAGAUCCAGAAGGGCUUCCGCUCCCUUGUGGUCUACCUCACGGCUCUCGACACCAGCGGGGACUACAUCGCCGUGGGCAGCAGCAUCGGCAUGCUCUACCUGUACUGCCGGCACCUCAGCCAGAUGAGGAAGUACAACUUCGAGGGGAAGACAGAACCCAUCACGGUGGUGAAGCUGCUGAGCUGCUUCGAUGACCUGGUGGCCGCGGGCACUGCCUCCGGGAGGGUCGCCGUCUUCCAGCUGGUGUCUUCCUUGCCGGGGAGAAACAAACAGCUUCGGAGAUUUGACGUCUCUGGUAUUCACAAGAACAGCAUCACCGCGCUGGCGUGGAGCCCCAACGGCAUGAAGUUAUUCUCAGGAGACGACAAGGGAAAGAUCGUCUACUCCUCUCUGGAUCUGGACCAGGGCAUCUGUAACUCCCACCUGGUGCUGGAGGAGCCGUCGUCCAUCGUGCAGCUGGACUACAGCCAGAAGGUGCUGCUGGUCUCCACCCUGCAGCGGAGCCUGCUCUUCUACACUGAGGAGCGCUGUGUGCAGCAGGUGGGCACGCAGCCGAGGAAGAGCACUGGAAAAUUUGGGGCUUGUUUCAUACCAGGACUCUGUAAGCAGAGCGACCUGACCUUGUACGCCUCACGGCCUGGGCUCCGACUGUGGAAGGCUGACAUCCACGGCACCGUCCAGGCCACGUUCAUCUUAAAGGACGUCUUUGCGGGAGGAGUCACGCCUUUUGAACUGUACCCACGUCUGGAAUCCUCCGACGGGGGCAGCUGCAGCUUGCCGGAAAAGCACCUGGGGCUUGUCUCCUGCUUCUUUCAAGAAGGCUGGGUAUUGAGCUGGAAUGAAUACAGUAUCUACCUGCUAGACACGGUCAACCAGGCCACGAUCGCUGGUUUGGAAGGAUCGGGUGACAUCGUGUCUGUUUCCUGCACAGAAAAUGAAAUUUUUCUCUUAAAGGGAGAUAGAAAUAUUAUAAGAAUUUCAAGCAGGCCUGAAGGACUGGCAUCAAUAGUGCGCGACGGGCUGGAGGCAUCCGGGUGUGCAGAGUCGGGCCAUGUGCAGCGCCAGGAGAGGCCCCCGUGUGCCCCCGCAGCCGAGACGCGGCUUAGAGGCUCCUCUGUGGCCAGCUCCGUGGCCAGCGAGCCCAGGAGCAGGAGCAGCUCGCUCAGUUCCCCUGACAGUGGCUCCAGGCUGCAGGCCGCCCCUGAGCCACCACAGGACAGCCAGCCUGCCCCGCAGAGGCUCCGCGCCAUCAGCUCGGAGGACUUCGACCAGGAGCUCGUGGUCAAGCCUCUCAAGGUGAAGAAGAGGAGGAGGCGGAGGAAGCCAGCAGAAGGUGGGAGCAGGAGCGCCUGCGACAGUUCCCUCGAGUCGACUCCCUGCUGCGAGUUUCCUGGAGACAGCCCCCAGCCCCUGAGCGCAGACCUGCUGUCCCUGACCUCCAGUCUGAGCAGCAUCGUGGAUGGCUCAGGCACAGACUCUCCCGGCCGUGAGCGCCGCCCCAGUGGUGAGGCCGGUGUCCCGCAGGAGGGCUGUGGCCCUGAAGCCCUCAGCGUCCCGGAGGUGUCUGAGCCCGCCCCGCACUUAGCCCACGAAGACAGUGGCGGUGGGACCGAAGCUCCACGAUGCGGCCCCGCAGGCAAGGAGGGGCUGCCCGGGGUGCUGAAUCCAGCCUUGCCCCCGAGCGAGGGUCAGGGCGGUUCUGAAGUCACAGACCUUGAAGAGGAGCCGAGUUCCGGGGACCACAGGUCGAGUGGCCGACAGUCGCCUUGCCAAGAGCGGGGCAGCUCGACAGAGCCCCAGGAGACAGGGUGCGGGGACCCUGACGAUGCCCAAGGCGCUUUUUCAGAAGCCCCCCUCCUGGACGCACCCCAGGACAUCCCGGGGUCCGCCAGCCUCUGCCUGCCGCCCAGUGCUGAGCUGUGGCUGCUGGAGGCUGGAGCUGACCCAGGGAGUGCGGAGGAGCUCAGCGGAAAGCGGGACUUCCUGACCCAGGUGGGGGCCCCUGGCCCUGACUGGGGCACAGGCCAGGAGGCCGUGGCCGCCUUUAAAUGUGACCUGGGGAAGGCGGGAGGACUGCCGGCUCCCCCAGACUCUGCCUUGCCGGCCAGCACCCAGAAGCCUCGCCUGGAGCAGCCUUCACUGGACCCCGCGUGGACAUCGAGCGACGAGGAGGACAUUUACGCCCAUGGGCUUCCUUCUUCGUCCUCAGAGACGAGCGUGGCAGAGCUGGGCCGGGGCCGCUCCCUGCAGGACCUGAGCCAGCGCAAUCCCAGAGACACGGGGCAGCUCGAGCCAGGCCAGUUCGCAGAAAGCUGGAUGGGCUACUCGGGCCCCGGCUAUGGCAUCCUCAGCCUCGCAGUCUCCGAGAAGUACGUCUGGUGCCUGGACUACAAAGGCGGCCUGUUCUGCAGCGCGCUGCCGGGCGCCGGGCUGCGCUGGCAGAAGUUUGAGGACAGCGUCCAGCAGGUGGCCGUCUCGCCCUCAGGGGCUCUUCUCUGGAAGAUCGAGCAGAAGUCUAACCGCGCCCUCGCCUGCGGCAAAGUCACGGUCAAGGGCCGAAGGCACUGGUAUGAAGCCCUGCCCCAGGCCGUGUUCGUGGCCUUGAGCGACGACACCGCCUGGAUUAUCCGGACGAGCGGAGACCUGUACCUGCAGACAGGUCUCAGCGUGGAUCGCCCCUGUGCACGCGCCGUGAAGGUCGACUGUCCGUACCCGCUGGCCCAGGUCACAGCCCGCAACAGCGUGGUGUGGGCGCUGACGGAGCAGAGGGCGCUCCUGUACCGGGAGGGCGUGAGCAGCUUCUGUCCAGAAGGGGAGCAGUGGAAGUGUGACAUCGUCAGUGAAAGGCAGGCUCUGGAGCCCGUGUGUAUAACCCUUGGGGACCAGCAGACCCUCUGGGCCCUGGACGUGCACGGGAACCUAUGGUUCAGAACGGGCGUCGUGGCCAAGAAGCCCCAGGGAGAGGACGAGCACUGGUGGCAGGUGAGCAUCACAGACUACGUGGUGUUUGACCAGGGCAGCCUCUUCCAGACCAUAAUCCACGCCACACACUCGGUGGCCACAGCUGCCCAAGUGCCCGUGGAGAAGGUGGCGGACAAGCUGCGCCUGGCCUUUUGGUCUCAGCAGCUCCAGUGCCAGCCGAGCCUUCUGGCCGUGAACCACAGCGGCGUCUGGAUCUCCUCGGGCAAGAAUGAAUUCCACGUCGCGAAAGGAAGCCUCCUCGGCACCUACUGGAAUAAUGUGGUUCCCCGCGGGACGGCUUCUGCGACAAAGUGGGCCUUUGUGCUGGCUUCCGCUGCCCCCACGAAGGAAGGAAGCUCCUUGUGGCUGUGCCAGAGCAGCAAGGACCUGUGCAGCGUCAGCGCGCACGACGCCCAGUCCCGCCCCUCCACUGUGCAGCUGCCGCCCGAUGUGGAGAUGAAGGCCUACGCCGCCUGCCACGACGCACUCUGGGCCCUGGACAGCCAGGGCCAGGUCUUCAUCCGAACGCUGUCCAAGAGCUGCCCCACAGGCAUGCACUGGACCCAGCUGGACCUCUCCCAGCUAGGAGCCGUGACGCUGACCAGCUUGGCGUGUGGACACCAGCACGUCUGGGCCUGCGAUUCUCGGGGUGGCGUCUACUUCCGCGUCGGGACACAGCCUCUGAACCCCAGUCUGAUGCUUCCAGCCUGGAUCGCGAUCGAGCCGCCCGCCCAGCCUGCCGGGGCCACCUUGGUCAGCGUCCAUUCCAGCCCCAACGACCAGAUGCUGUGGGCGCUGGACAGCAGGUGGGGCGUGCACGUGCGCACAGGGGUCACAGAGGAGAUGCCCGUGGGCACCGCCUGGGAGCACGUGCCAGGGCUGCAGGCCUGCCAGCUGGCGCUGAGCUCCAGGACCGUGUGGGCCCGCUGCCCCAAUGGCGACCUCGCCCGCCGCUAUGGCGUCACCGACAGGAACCCCGCCGGGGACUACUGGAAGAAGGUCCCGGGGAGCGUGACGUGUUUCACAGUGACCGCGGCAGAUGAGCUGUGGGCCGUGGGCCCCCCCGGCUACCUCCUCCAGCGGCUGACGAGGACCUACGGCCACUCGCGCCGCGCCCCCAGCGACCACGCCGCCCCCCCGCCCCCCGAGCAGCUGGAGGACGAGUGGGAGGUCAUCUGACUGGGAAGGCGGGGCCGAGACGGGCGUGGUGGACACGGGGCUCCGAGCGCUCCUGCUGGACACGCUUCGCCAGCUCCGGGCCAGACACGCCGAUGAGCUGGGAGCCCCAUGAGACCUGCAUACGAUACCUCAUUUGAAAUCAAAUCUCGCGAAUUUAGAAAAGUAUUUUCUGAAACCAGCGGAAGGCCUUUCUUCCUUCCCGUGGUUUCUCCUGAGCCUCUCCUGUCCUUGGCUCCAGCUUCAGAGAGAGUGGCUGCCCCCCGUGUCCUCACGGUGGCAGGACUGGCUCCCACAGACAGCUCGGCACCAGCAGCGGGUGUUUGGCACCAAGGCCAGACUGGAGCCUCCUGUGGCCGGGCCUGGGCUCCCUGGCGUCCGAGCUGCUGGCCUGGCAGCCGGCCCCGCCCUUCCAGAGGCAGCUCCAAGGCAGGCGCCUGCCUGCUGCCACCUUAGCCCAAGUUGGCCCAGGGCCCAGUUCUCCUGUGCAGUGUCCAGGAGCCCCCGGACCACACGUGAGGAGUGUCCUCUGAUGGGCCCCGCUGGCCAUGAAGGCGGAGGCCCUCCAGGUCUAAAUGAGGGCGAGCCGCUGGCGCCCAGCUCUCUCCUCACACUCCGACGGGAGCCCUCGCCCCAAGUGUGUCCUCCCUCCAAGUGCGUCGCAGGCAGCGGCCCCCAGGCGGGGCUUGGCUCACUUUCCUCCGGCUUCAGUUUUCAGUUGUGCUUUCAGCCAGGGCGUCGACUUUCCCCGCCUGUCUGGCAUCGGCGCUGAGGGUCCCUGGUGGGCACUAGGGCGGGCGAUUGCCAGCCCAGCCGUGGCCAGGAGAGGGCGGACAGUCGCAGUUUCCUGGCCCAGUCUGUGUGGGGGCGGUUUCCGGCUAGCUGUUCUGGGCAUGGUGGCUCCCGAGCGCCCCUGGGUGGGCCACUCCUCACGCAGGCCCAGCUGCCGGCCCCGCACCAGGGCUCAGGACCCGCCUCACCCAGGCCUGGCCGCUGGCCCGUUGCAGAAACUCAGGACCCGGCAUCUGUCUGCUCAGAAACCAAACCCGACUGGCAGAGACAGCCGGGGGAGCCAGCCGACGGGACGAGGCCCAGCGACGGCGUGAGGAACACCAGCACCAGCCACGCCGAGGCGGGGUGGCCACGCCUGGUGGCCGUAAAAGCCUUGUGCGCGGGUGCGGCCUCUCAAGUUGUCAGAACCCCCAACCCCUGCCGCGUGUGUGCAGGGGCGGGGAGAGCGUCACCAGGUUUCCCGCACUCCAGGGCCCAUGCGAGCCCCUUGCCCACUGGCCCCGGCCGCCGCUGCCACAGCCCGCGGGGCUCAGCUCGCCUGCCUGUGCAGGCUGCACCCGAGGGCCGGGCUCCCGGAGCUCCAGGCCCGAGUCCCCAGGGGAGACCUGCAGAUGCACCGUGAGGCGGGGGGCGCCCUGUAGUUGUGUGGGCGAGGUGGGUGCUGGCCCGCCUUCCGGAGAGGCGGGAGCGCUCGCCUGGGAAGUGAAGGGAAAAGCCACGGAGCAAGAGAAGUUUGAUUUCUUCAGCGGGAUGCAUCACGGGGAGAGACAGGCCACAUGCGGAUGGAGGCCAGAGGGCACCGCAAUGUCCCCGCAGGCCCAGGGGCAAGUCGGUCCCCAAGGCACGGCCCUUCUCGCCUUGGAGCCCAGCCUCCGCCUCUGCAGCGUCCAGAACAGCUGUGAGCGGGACCACAGACGGCCUGUGGCGAGGGCCCUUCCCUGGGCAGCUCGAGGCCGUGGGCGCGGGGGCCCCAGUGCGGGGCAGAGGAGACACGGUCACGGCCAGAAUGGCCCCCAGGGCAAGUGCGCUCUGUGUCCUGACCUGUAAGCCAUGUUCAAUGUAUAAUUUAUUCCAAAAAUAAAUAAAAUUCACAUUUGAAAAACAGUCCCGACAGUAACCGCGUGGCCACCACCAAGCGAUGUCACCAGAGAACGCCAGGGCGUCCUCACGGCUCCCGCGCCCAAGCUGUGCCGUCCGGGGAAGCAC